GCUAUGGCAAUGGAGUUUUGUAGAAUGGAAAGAUGAUCUGUUCACCUAUUUAUAUUUACUGCAGAAGCACUAGCCUUGUUAUUUGCGAUACAUAAAGUGAUUGAAGUAAAACCAGACAGAGUAGUUGUGUUUACUGAUUCUUUGAGUUCACUGAAUACUAUUGAGACAGAGAGUGGGGCCAGGAAAGAUAUUAUAGUUGAUAUUUUAAUAGCAUUAAAUGAAUGUACAAACAGAGACAUAUAUUAGCAUGGGUACCAAGUCAUUCUGGGGUGCUAGGUAAUGAACAGGUGAAUUUUAUGACAAGAAAUGGGUUACUCCCUCUGAGCCAGGCAAAAAUAAAUACAAUAACUAAACAAAAAAUCAUGGAAUUAUGGCAAAAUCAAUGGGAACACAAUCUUAAGGGAGGGUUUUAUUAUGAUAUACAGCCAAAUGUUAGAUUAGGGAGUGAAACGUUUAGAGGAGAAUUGAACAGGGCGGAAGAAACUGUCAUGAAAAGACUGAGAGUUGGACAUAGGCAUUGAGUCAGCAUCUUUUUAGAAUAGGGAAACAUGCAGAUGGAUUUUGUGGGGAUAGUCAAAGGCUGGAAACUGUACAACAUUAUAUUUUGGAAUGUAGUCAUUUCAAACAACAGAGAGGUGUUAAUAAAUCAGUUUAAUGUAUUAGAGGUGGAUACUAAAUUAAUACUUAGCGUAAUGGAGGGAAACAUAAAACAAUAUAUUCAGACUACUGAAAAAUGGGAUGUAUGAUAUAGAAUGUUGAUAGAGGGCGCUCAUCAUCUGCUAGAUAGCAUGCGCCAACUUCCUUUAAUCAGAAAAACAGAAGAAAGGAGAGGGAGACGAGAGAGGAAGAGACGCGGGGAGGAAAAGCGAGUGAUAGCAGUUUAAAUCGUUUUAUUAAAAAUAAUAAUCAUCAUCAUCAUCAUUUAAACUGUAUGUAUGUAUACAAUCGUAAUUUCAGAAGCAGAAGAAAAUAAAUAAGCAAUCGCAAUGUCGGCCCAGGCUCAGAUGAGAGCUUUGCUCGACCAGUUGAUGGGGACGGCAAGGGACGGUUCAGUGUAUCUUUGCCAGCCUACAUCAAUCUGCAAGGGAGUUGCAGAAAAGCCUCAUGUUCAUCGAGCCCGGGUAUAAAUUUCUGCAGCUGAGGGCUUGAAGAUGCAGAUGGGUACAGUAUAUGAGGAAGCUCACAGUGAUGAAACUCGACAGAGGGUGAAGUUUACUGACGAUCGUGUCUGCAAAAGCCAUCUCCUAGAUUGCUGCCCCCAUGACAUUCUUGCUGGAACGCGCAUGGAUCUGGGGGACUGCUCGAAGAUACAUGACUUGGCACUGAGAGCUGAUUAUGAAAUCGCUUCCAAGGACAGAGACCUGUUCUUUGAGUUGGAUGCAGUGGAUCAUCUUGAAUCCUUUAUCGCUGACUGUGACAGAAGAACAGAACUGGCUAAGAAACGACUGGCUGAAACCCAAGAAGAAAUAAGUGCUGAAGUUGCGGCAAAGGCUGAAAAGGUCCACGAGUUGAAUGAAGAGAUCGGAAAGCUCCUAGCCAAGGCAGAGCAGCUGGGGGCCGAAGGGAAUGUGGAUGAAGCUCAGAAAGUACUUCAAGAGGUUGAGAGAGUGAGAAGCAGGAAGCGUGAAGCAGAGGAGGAAUACAGAAACUCAAUGCCUGCAUCUAGUUUCCAGCAGCAGAAACUGCGUGUGUGUGAGGUGUGCUCCGCCUAUCUGGGUCUCCAUGACAACGAUCGCCGCCUGGCUGAUCACUUCGGUGGCAAACUGCACUUGGGGUUCAUUCAGAUCAGGGAAAAGCUGGAGCAGCUAAAGAAAACUGUGUCAGAAAAGCAGGAAAAAAGAAAUCAAGAGCGCCUGAAAAGACGGGAAGAUAGGGAGCGAGAAGAAAGAAUGAAGAGGAGAGGGGAUUCUUCAGUGAUUGAUGCCCCAGGAGAACAGCCUAGGGGGACAGCAUCAGGGACCAGAUCACGAAGCAAAGAGCGUAAGAGGUCCCGCUCUCGGGAGCGCAGGAGACACCGUUCCCGCUCCUCUUCCCGGGAGAAGAGGAGGUCCCGCUCUCGUUCCAGAGACCGGGAGAGGAAGCGCCGGCACCGCAGUCGCUCCCGCAGCAAGGGCCGCCGGCGCAGCCCCCGCGACCGCAGCAGAGACCGGAGCUCCAAGCACAAGUCUUCAAGAGACCGUUCCUCCCGGGACAGAUCUCGGGAUAGGAGCAGGAAGGAGAAGAGCUCCUCAGAGAGGAGGCAGGAGAGCAUGAAUGGGAAGUCCGAGUCCAGGAGAUCAGAGGAGAGAGAAGCUGGAGAGAUAUGAGGAGAUCAGAGCCUAUUUUGUUCCAUGUUACACUGUACAUUCACAGAAAAUGAACCCCAGCAAUUUGUCUUCUCUGUUUCUGUACAUGUAGUUGAGCAUAAUUGUUAAAUACUGAUGGAUAUAAUGGCUUCUGUAGCUUUAAUAUACUUUUUUCUUUUUUUUUUGGAGGGGUGGGGGAGUUGUUCUUGGAAAAAGCUUUGUAUCUUUAAAUGAAAUCUGGAUGUUAUUACUUUCAUGAUCUCCUUUUUUGUUUUUUUUUUAAACAUUUUUUGCUUAUGUUUUGUGGUGUUUGUGUUUUUUUUUUUUAAUAGAAAACAGAUUCAUGUGAGCAGUGUCCUUCAUCAACAGACUUAGACAUUGUUUUUCUUGAACGGCCAGACAGGAUGUUUUGAGGUUAACAGGAAAUAGGCUCCUCUCUGGUUUUUGCCAUCUGUUCACUCCUGUACUGUAGGGAUUGAGUAAAUCAGCAUAUAUUUGAUGAUGGCUGUAUAGAUUUGGAACAAAGAACCAGUCUGCAUUUUUUAAAGUUUUGUUUUGAAUGUUAGUUUAUGAAGUACAGAAGCCAAUUGUGUAUAUAUAUAUAUUUUUUUUUUUAAAUAUCUAAACAAAUUUGUAUUGAAUAAACAUUUUUUUUUGUUUUGUUUUGUUUUUUCCCCCCAAACUUCUGUAAGCAGCAUCCCUGCAUCAAAUCUAAAUGGUAGUUGUACUUUCUGUGGUGGGGAGGGACAUUGCCUCUCUGACUGCUGCAGGUGAUCAGUUUAGUAAUGCUGUUUUUUUUUUUAUUUAUGUUUUUAUGUUACAGAUAUUACAAAUGAAUUGAAGUUAGCCAGUUGACUGUUGUAGGAAACUGCUGUUGUUGUAUAACAUUUGUGUUCCUUGCAUUCUGAGUAAGGAGUCUUCAUACCAAUCUCCAAAUAUGACUUGUAAUACAUUUUUGUUUACAAAUGUACAUGUUUAUAUAACUAGAACCUUACUCAAUUUUUUUUUGUUCCCCCCCAUUUGUUAGUUUUAUUUGGGCCACAUGUUUAAACAGUUUUUGCUGACAAAACUUGCUGUAAUUAUUGCACAAGAAUUUCCAAUCCAUUCCUGGAAAUAAUUUUUGUGACUCAUUUCACAUUAAAACGUAUCUGUUUC